AUGAAAAUCAAUGAUCCUUUAUUGGAGUAGAGAGAUAUCUAAAUCCAUAAAGAUGAUUGGCUUUAUACAAGAAUUUCCAAAAUGAUUAGAUUGAUUAACAAUAAAAGAGAAUAACUCUAAAAUAAUUCAUUGUAAGAAUAUUGUGUUAAAAUAACUGAUUCAAAUUAUAUCCUAAAACAUUACAAUAAGUAAAUACAUUGAUAUAAUUUUUAGUAUUGAUUCAACAAAUGUUUACAAAAAAAUGAAACAAAUUUUAGUAAAGAAUUUUUUUAUUGUUAGAUAACAAACUCAAUUUUUAUUUUUAUCCAAUAAGUUAUUGCAUCUAUAUUAUAAUUAGCAAAUAUUUUGAUGUUAGAUUUAUUUACUGAUUCUCUAAAAGAAGAAAAUUAUUAUUAUGUUCUUUAUUUGAUUUUACUACUCAUAUUUUCAUUUACUAAGUAUUUUUAUUAGUUAAUAAUGCAUAGAACAUAUUUAAUUUCAAUUCAAACACAUUAAAUAACCUAAUUUUUAGGAAAGUUAGAUGUAUUAUGUAAUUAUGAAUUAUACAAAAAAUUACUUGCAACCCAUCAAUAUUAAAAAGAUUAAAAUAUCCCAAAUAUAAAUGUAAGUAUCUCUAAUAAUUGUAUUUAGACAUUGAUAACAAAUGAUUUAGAAUAGAUUAAAUAAUUACAUUUUUCUUUAAAAGAAGGAACUUUAGCUAGUUGCAUGCUUAUAGGAUGCAUAUCAUUCUUAUAUUAUAAAGAUGUACAUGCAGGCAAUGUAAUAUUAAUAGUAAUUGUAUGUGCUUAAGUGUUUAAUUUUAUUGUAACUUUUAUAAUGAUGCAAGCAUAAGAACGUUUAUUUUAUAGGAAAGAUUAAAGAAUUAAUUUGACAACAGAUGUAUUACAUGGCAUUAAAUAAAUAAAAUAUCUUUCAUGGGAAUAAAUAUUUAGUAAUAAAAUAAUAUUUAAGAGGAAAAUGGAAUUUUAGAUGCUUAUAGUAGUUAAAAUAUUUGAUGGUCUUUUAGUUUUAUUUUGGAAUAAUAUAAAUUAUAUAUUACUUUACUUUUAUAUCUAAAAUAGUAAGAUUAAUUUAAUAGAUUUAAAUGUUUUCACAUUGAUUGCUAUAUUCAACUCAAUGAUGUAUGAAAUCUAUAAAAUAUUUUAGUUACCCUUUAGGUAUUUUACCAUUUUGUAUCAAUUUCUUACUAAGUGCUAUUGUAUCAAUAAAAAGAGUUAAUACUUAUUUUAACUAAAUGGAUGUAGUAGAUAUAAAGGGGAAUUAAAUAUUUGGAAAUAAUGAAAUUAUAUUAAAAAUUGAAGAAGGAAUCUAUAAAUUAAGUGAUAACUUUAGUUUAAGAAUUAAUAAUUUAUAAAUAAAAAAACAAACUCUUAAUUUUAUAGUUGGUCCAAUUGGAUCAGGUAAGAGUACUCUUUUUAAUGUAAUAUUAAAUGAAUUGUAAGAUAUAAAAGAGAAAUCAAAAUAGAUAGGAGGAACUAUUUCAUUUUGUUCAUAAAAUAGUUGGAUUCAAAAUUAAACAAUUAGAUAAAAUAUAUGUUUUGGUUAAGAAUAUAAUUAAUAAUAAUUUACAAAAGUUGUUGAAUUAUGUUAAUUAAAUGAAGAUAUAUAGAAAUUUGAGAAUUUUGAUUAGUAUUUAGUAGGUCCUGAUGGAAAUAAUUUAAGUGGUGGUUAAAAAUAAAGAAUAGCAUUAGCAAGAGCUAUAUAUUAAAAUUCAGAUAUCUAUUUAUUUGAUGAUGUAUUUUCAUCUCUUGAUAUACCUGUUGCAGAUUCUAUAUUUUAGAAUCUUAUUAUAAAUUAUUUAAGUAAUAAAACAGUACUAUUUAUAACAUCUAAUUAACAUUUUAUAAAUAAAAUUCCUAAAAAUGCCAAUAUAAUUUUAAUGGAUUAAGGAUCAAUUAUUGAAUAAAAUACUAAUGAUUAAUCUAUAAUUAGAAAAAUGAGUAAAAAAUCUGAUGAUUUAAAUAAUGAUGAAGAAUAAGUAGGAAAUAAAGAUGAAAAUAAUGAUUAAGGUUAAGAUUUAGAAGAAAGAGAGACAGGAGAAGUGGAUACUAAAGUAUGGUUAUAUUAUUUCUCAUCAAUGGCAUGGCCAUUAAUUAUAUUAUAUUUGAUAUUCAAUUUCUCUUUAUAAGGUGCUUUGUCAUAUAUUGAUUUUUGGUUGAAGAAUGAACACUUUGAUAAUAAUUUCUCUUCUAAAUUCACAUAACUCUUAUUAUUAGCAUUAGGUGUUACACUAUUUAGAGCAACAUUUUAUGUAUUGGUAUCACUAAAAUCUUCAUGGACUAUUUUUAAAUAAUUGAAUGAUUCAAUAAUGAGAGCAAAAAUGGUAUUUUUUGAUAAAACUAAUGCUGGAAGAAUUAUUAAUAGAUUAUCAGGUGAUAUGGAAACUAUUGAUGGUUUAUUGCCAUGGAGUUUUGAUAUAUUUUUAGAAGCUUUAGCUAGAGGAAGUGGAUUUGUUAUUGGACUAAUUAUUUUAUUUCCUUACAUUAGUAUAGGAUUAAUUGGAGUUUUCUAUGCUUAUUAUUAUAUUGCAAAUACAUAUAUUAAAACUAAUAGGGAAUUAAAAAGAUUAAAAUAAGUUAAUCAUGCUGAAUUAUUAGGAUGGAUCAAUGAAACAUAAAAGGGAUUAAAAAUUAUUAGAGCAUAAUAAAAAUAAACUUAUUUCUUUGAUUAUUAUUUAGAUAAAUUGCAUACAUGGAAUGCAUGUGAAUAAAGUAGUUUAAGAGCUAAAUUUUGGUACUUUGUAAGAUUGAACUUAAAUUGUAAUUUAUUAUUAUUAUUAUCUACUUUUGUUAUUUUAUUAAGUACUGAAAAUUAUGGUAGUAAAGCUUUAGCAUUGACUUAUUCCAUUUUAAUUAUUGAUAAUUUUAAUGACUUAUUUAAUUUUUAUUUAUAAACUGAACAGAUGAUUAUAUCUGUCGAAAGAGUUAGAUAAUAUUCUAAAAUACCUUAAGAAGAUAUAUAUAAGAAAAACACAUUAAUUAAAGUUAUUAAUUUUGAUGAUUCAUGUGAUCUAACAGUUAAACCUAUUAUAGAUUUAGAUAUUGAAAUUGAAUUUAAAGAAAUAUGUCUUUCAUAUGAUUAAAUUAAUUAUUAACUAAAAUCUCUUAACUUAAAAAUUAAGAAAAAUGAAAAAAUAGCAAUAGUAGGUAGAACUGGAUCAGGCAAAACAUCAAUUAUGAAUGUUCUUUUUUAACUUUAUUAAUAAUAAACAGGAAAUUUAUUUAUUAAGGGACAAGAUGUAUUUAUCAAUAUUUAAAUAGGCUCAAUAUUUAUCAUUAUAAGAAUUACGUUCUUAAUUAUCUAUAGUACCUUAAUUUGGAUUUCUUUUUGAAGGUUCUUUAUAUGAGAAUUUGGAUCCUGGAUAAACUAUAGAUAAAUAAUAAAUAGAUCAAUUAUUGACUUAGUUCAAUUAACUAAAACCUGAUAUAACUAUUGAAUAAGGUGGUAAUAAUUUAUCAAAUGGAGAAAAAUAAUUGAUAAAUUAUUUAAGAAUAGUCUUAUAAAAUAAGUCUAUAAUAUGUUUGGAUGAAGCUACUUCAAAUAUUGAUCCUCAAACUGACAAAGUAUUAUUGUUAUGAUGAUUAGCUACUCCAUGAAUAUCUGUUUAAAUUUACUGAGAAUAAAACCCUUAUUGUUAUAACACAUAGAUUAGAUCACUUAGACAAAUAUGAUAGAGUAAUAUAUUUGGAUAAAGGAAAGAUUUAGAAGAUAUAAUGA